AUGGAUACGCGUGCGGUCACCAUUGGUUUCCUCAGUCGUUCGACGGUCGCCACCAUCAGCGUCCUGCCACGGGAUUGCGCUGUUCAGGAACGCCCCCGAGCCUUUUUCGUCCUCGCGAACUUCCCCCAGGCCUGCCAUUGCCUUGCGAUUGCCAGCCCCCCCCCCUCCCACAACGAGGCUCUGGGAGCCAUAUUUGAGUCUUUGACGAGCGUGUGCAUGCUGGUGUCCGUCGAACUGAACGAGCCGAAGUGGAAGUACGUGCGCGCCACGGUGGCGAAGUUCGGUAUUGCCUCCAUAGACCUCCUGGUGCAGGCCGCGCGGCAACGGGAGGAUCUCGAGCGGUUGGUGGACACAGAGUUCCUCAGCGAGGUCUACGUGGAGGCAUUGCAGAAGCUGAGCGAUCCGUGGGAGCGGCCGCUGGUCUGCUGGGCGUGGAUCAUGCGCAUCUGCAUGUCCGCCAUGGACUACAACCGCACCGCCGCGCCCCGCACCACCGAGGUCAUGAAGCGGUGCCUGGCCGCCAAAGACGGCAUGCUGGUCGGCCGCCCUGGGCUCCGCCAGAGGGCGCGCGAGGGAGCAGCAUUGGAGAAGGGGAGGCAGGGGAGAGGGGGAGCCGAUUGGAGAGUGAGUGACACGAGAUGGCGUUCUCCUCUGCCAGUUCCUCUUGCGCCAAUCCCGUUACACCAGAGCCACCAGCAGUGA